CCGUGCUCCCCUCCCCUCGCUCGACUCCCGUUUAUAUCCCCUUUCUCGUUUGCCGCACGCAUCGUCCCCCUAGUUCUCCUAGUAAUAUCCUGCCUAUUCCUGAUCCAAAUUGUUCUACAUAGAUUUUGCUGCCAUGGCCAGUCUACCAACGCCUCCAGUGUGCAACGCCCGCAAGCACUCUUAUGAUUUCCUCAGCAACUCUGACGCGUUCUUGCUGGGAGGCAUUUGCACGACUAAGCGGAGGAGAAUGCUCUCCGAUGAAUUGAUGUCGGAGACUCCUGCCUCGCCCCCAGCAUCCAAUGCUGGCGAUGAUGACGUCGCAGAGUUGAGCGACGCUGAAUCGACCGCUGGUUAUUUCAUGACCCAAAGGCGGUCUCUCUUCCAGAUGCGUCACGUCCGCCAUUUGACACCCACUUCUCCUUCCUUGCCGGAGAUCGUCUGCUUUGCUCCCCCUACACACGAAGAAUAUGACUAUCACCCAGAGCUAGACCACUCUGAUGAUGAUGAGGAAGAGGACGAGGAGGAGCGCAAGGCUGGUGUCGCUGAGAACGUGGUUGCUGAGGCUGUGCCUUCAGACCUGUUUGUGGUAGAGGCCGAUCAGGAGAUGGGUCACAGCGCUUACCUCUCUGAGGACAACUAUUCUUCCUCAGAUGAUGAGGCCGAUUUCGGUUACCAUUCUGGGAACCAGAUGCAGAUCGACGCUAUGAGUUCGAGCGAUGAUAGCGACUCCGAUAUCUCUGAUGUCGAGGACUAUCAGCCUGUCAGACGUCGCGGCACCUGGCACGGUCCUAGUCUGGAGGAGAUUGAGCGGGCAUCUGUCAAGAAGGUUAGAGGCUAUGGCUUCGCUUGCAAGUUGCCUCGUCUCGACUUGACCAGCUACGCACACGAGACAGUCGAUCAGCGUAUCCGCCCAGUUCUUCAGCACUUCUGCCAUGGUUGCCAAUCUCAAGAAUCAACCGCGGGUAACAUUAUGGUCCGCUGCGAGGGAUGCCCCAAGGCCUUCCAUCAAAAGUGCCACGGUGAAACCGUCAUUUCUGAUGACAUUGCCUUGUCGGACAAGCCUUGGUUCUGCGACGAGGCCUGCAAGGAGAACGUCAAGAAGCGUCGCGUGUGUGUUGAGCUUCCCAAGAAACGCCUGCCUCUGAUGUCAACUCCAAAACCUGUUAUAACGACGGCCUCGCCUGCUCCCCUGGCCGCAGCCGGUUCUGCGGUCGAGACAGGCCGUUCCCGUGGAAUGAGGACAUCGAUCCCUGGCGAGACGUCCCCUGCACGAUCCAAGUAAAAGAGUGCUUUGUGCUCUUUUGCUGGAGUAUUCCUUUGUGUUAUCGCAAUCCCUCCUUUUCUCUACACUGACCGUUGCUCCUUGAACAAACCAUUAAUACCGACCUGCCCAUUGAUUUUUAUUUUAUCAACUUGCUUUCCUUUCAUUUUGAUUUCUCGUUCUUGCUUUUUUG